AUGGAGGACGAGGACGUGGCGAUCUGCUUGUUGCGCAGCCUCUCCGAGAGCUACAAAAACGUAAGUCUCAACUUAGAGAUGAUCAGCGCGGAACUGCGGACGCAUGACUAUGUGAAAAUGCUCACGAGUAAGCACAUCAAGAAAAAAAGGCGAGAAGACAACGUCGGCUAA